UUUUGGUAUGUCAGCAUCAGGAAAGAUCGGAGUCCUAGCGUAAAAACAGGCCGUUGAUAUUAGCUAAACCAUUAGCCUUCCAGGAGUAGUAUACUUGUUAUAGUUGACAGUUUAAGAACAAUGAUGAGAUUUAUAUAAAACUAAACUUGCAUAUAUAUAAGAUAAUGGCACUGUGGAAUUUGGUAGUUAAAAUGAAGACAUGAACAUUUUUCUUAUAUAGGGUGAAGGUAAAAAUUUCCAUUAGGACUUUUCAUCCAGGAAGUAGUCCCAUCCCUAAGUUGGCAGCAAUGCUUGCUAAGCUAAUGUUAGCUCGCUGGCUACCUAGUAUCUUACAGCAAAAGCUCUAGAACAGGAUGGUAUUAAGUGCCAGCUCCUGCUAGACGACAGAUAGUGUGCGUUGAGCAGUUAACUGAAACUUGGCUUUUCAGAAAUUCUGCAUUUGUAUAGCUAAACCUUGCGCUUAGCGUUGUUUUAACGUUGGACCCAAAGGCUUGGCCAGCGAUAAGUUAGCAAGUGGGAUGCUAGCCUAGUUACGCUUAUGUAAAAGAACGGGUUAUGAUAAUUUCAUUUUUUUACCAAUAACAUUAAAACGUUAAAUUUUGGGAUAGCUUUCAAUGGAAUUUAUGAAGAAACGGGGCGAAGCUCUUCGCUUUAAGCUAGCGUUAACGUGGGCCUCCAUUUCCUUUCACAGAGCCUCACUUGAGCUCAGAAUAAAAUGGAAAAUGAUCUUGAUAACUCAGCAUCCAGUUUGGUAUCUGAGAAAAUGCGUUUGGUUUUUAUGUUGAUUUCUAUAUAAACAAGCCUAAAAUCUAACAUUGGCCAAUAAUGAUACAUAUUAUUUUUCUACCCUACGGCCGCAUGGCAGUUUCUUUUCUACAGCAAAAACGAGUAACACGGUGAUUCCCCCCCGUUAAAUAUUGUUUAUGUUUAAUUAUUAAAUUUUCAGGAUUUUGCACCAACAAAUGUCUUUAAAGUUAAUCCAUACAUAGACCUAAUAUGAAGUUUUCGAUGUAGAAUGUGCUUUAAAAAGCUAAUACUUUAUUAACGUGCAUUGGCUUCAUAGUGGUCAAGUUUACAUCAACUUUAGUCAUCGGUACUGAGAAGUACUACUUUCUUUUGACCAACCAAUCCAUAUCAAUGUGGUUAGAUAAAUUAGAAGAACAUUUUGCAGUGGAACCGCAAAGAAUAACAGCUAAAGGAAGUGUAAAAUUGAAUCAGUGCCCUUCUAAAAGAUACCAUCAUCAUUGUUGUAUGUUUUGCAUAUCUGUUUUAGGGCGUGUUAGUGUUAGCUAGGUGUACAUAAUACAGUCAGAACAUACUAAAUAUGUUGUCAGUCCUUUCCAAUGUCAUGAUUUUUGUUAUCUCAAGGUGUAUCCUGACUUUAUUAUUCCCCCAAGGUGAGCGCAAAAGUAGAGAUAUGUAAGCAGGUCUGUUUUUCUGGGCAAGUGAACAGUCCAUUACAGGGUUAGGUGGGAUUUGGUACAAACCUGGGACACUUUCUUUGAAAUUGUAAAAUGGGCAUUGGGCUAGGGAGAUAAUACACUAAUUUUGGUUCGCUUCUUUAUAUUUGACAAGUGAGAUACAACAUAUGUGCAACAUAUACAUGUGGUCUCCUAAAUCUCAUAGAUAUUUGCCAAACAACUAAUUGUUAUUAUGUGUUAUAUGGAUAGUUUUGGGGUAUAGCUUUCCCCAUUUUUAAAGACCAGUUUGUAACUUAGGUUAAACACUAAUUUAAUACCUUACAGUAAUUUCUCAUUAUCACUAAAGACAUAGUCGAAAAUUAAGUAUUAUUGUGUCUUAGAAUACAGAGUUAUUCUAAUCCCUGAACUAUAGUAAAUGGAGUAUAAUAAGAAAUAUUUGUAUUAACAGGUACAUGGAGAGAGGUUCCUCAUCAUCCCUAGUGCUUUCCCUAAACUGUACAGCCAUGGCACUGGACAUAGUCCAUUUUAUGCUACUGUUACACCAUCAUCCACAUUUUCAGAUAGUUUGUCAGAUACCUGUUACACAUUUAGCACACAACAAACAAACUAUGUGUGUACUACCUGUUUCUGAACCUGACAAGCUUUAUAAUUCCAAAGUAUUUUCAGAAUGAUGGUGUAAGCCAGUGGGUUUCCUGGUUCUGAAAGGCCUUUGUGGGGAGUGACAUGGCCAAAAGCAUGACUGGUCCAUUUACCGACAAGGGUAAUCCUGCAACAAUAACACGCAUUCUUCUCAGUCACUUCAACUGGGAUAAAGAAAAGCUCAUGGAAAGGUAUUUUGAUGGUAAUCUGGACAAGCUUUUCUCUGAGUGUCAUGUCAUUAAUCCGAGUAAGAAGCCCCGAAUACGUCCUCCAAUCAACACUAGAUCAUCGGCACAGGACAUGCCAUGUCAGAUCUGCUAUCUGAACUUCCCCAACUCUUAUUUUACAGGUCUGGAGUGUGGACACAAGUUCUGCAUGCAAUGUUGGGGAGAUUAUCUGACGACCAAAAUAAUUGAAGAAGGAAUGGGACAGACCAUUUCUUGUCCUGCUCAUAGCUGUGACAUUUUGGUUGAUGACAACACAGUCAUGCGCCUCAUAACAGAUUCAAAAGUGAAGUUGAAGUACCAGCAUUUAAUUACAAAUAGUUUUGUAGAGUGCAAUCGACUGUUAAAGUGGUGCCCCGCACCAGACUGCCAUCAUGUUGUCAAAGUCCAGUACCCAGAUGCCAAGCCAGUGAGGUGCAAGUGUGGACGCCAGUUCUGCUUCAACUGUGGAGAAAAUUGGCAUGAUCCUGUGAAGUGUAAGUGGCUGAGAAAAUGGAUUAAAAAAUGUGAUGAUGACAGUGAAACUUCAAACUGGAUUGCAGCAAAUACCAAGGAAUGUCCAAAAUGCCACGUGACCAUUGAGAAAGAUGGUGGCUGCAAUCAUAUGGUUUGUCGAAACCAGAACUGCAAAGCUGAGUUCUGCUGGGUCUGUCUGGGUCCAUGGGAACCACACGGCUCAGCCUGGUACAACUGCAACCGCUACAAUGAAGAUGAUGCCAAGGCAGCCAGAGAUGCUCAAGAGUCCAUGCUGUGUGUGUAUGUGUGUGUGCAGCGCUCCAGGGCAGCCUUGCAGAGGUACCUGUUCUACUGCAACCGCUACAUGAACCACAUGCAGAGUCUGCGCUUUGAGCACAAGCUCUAUGCUCAGGUCAAGCAGAAGAUGGAGGAAAUGCAGCAGCACAACAUGUCCUGGAUUGAGGUGCAGUUUCUGAAGAAGGCUGUGGAUGUGCUGUGCCAGUGCCGCUCCACACUCAUGUUCACUUAUGUCUUCGCCUUCUACCUCAAGAAGAACAACCAGUCCAUUAUUUUUGAGAACAACCAGGCAGACCUGGAAAAUGCCACCGAGGUGCUGUCAGGCUACCUAGAACGGGACAUCUCCCAGGAUUCCUUGCAGGACAUCAAGCAAAAAGUACAAGACAAGUACAGAUACUGUGAGAGCAGGCGAAGAGUGCUGCUACAGCACGUGCAUGAAGGCUAUGAGAAGGACCUGUGGGAGUACAUUGAGGAUUGAGAACACGUCCCAAUGCAACGGACUCUUGAGUAUCUUGACAAACUAGAGCGCUGAUGCAAUUUAACAGGGCAGCACGGGCCUUCUGCCGCCUCUCCUUUGGCAAACCAACCACUUUUGCAUCAUUUUUUUUCUGGAUUUGUUUAACAAAAUCUUCAAAGUAAAUUAUAUUUAAAUAAAGGGUAGAGUAAUAAAAAAAAAGUGUACUACAGUAUUGUUAGCAACAGAGUGGAGGGUUGAGCAAGCAGAAGAUCCAUAUUAAACAAAUACAUCCUUUUGGCUUGUAUUGUAAUACCUCCCCUGAACUUAUUUUCCUCAUGUUUUGUUUUUUUUUUGUGUUGUUUUAUUUUAUUUUUUUUUGCUUGUGAAUCUUUUACUCUGUUUUGAUUUUGACUUUUGUUUUCCCAUCAGUGUGAAAAUGUUUUCAACACAGCUUUAAUUGUCCUGGCCAUGUCUGCAAUGUCUGCAAUAUGUGGUAAAGAUCCUUGUCUGAGUGGCUGAAUGUUGAUAGGCUGAUUGCAAAGGGGCAAAGACAUUUCAGGGGGGGAAAAAAAGGAAGAAAAAAAAACAUAAAAGGAACAAAAUAGCGAGUCUGUAUUUUUCAAUUUGUAAAUAGUCCAUAUGCAUGGAAGUUCAAGAGCAAGAGUGGCACGUGUUUGCAUAAUUUUCAAAUAUUUAUUCUUUACCGUGCUUUUGCCAUGUAGGUUGAGUCUGUCUACUCUCCACAGACUGUUGAUGUUUGGAGGUCUUUGGCAAUAAGAUAUUCGUCCUGUCAUCUGCAGUCCCUUCAGAGCAGUCAUAAGUUAUACCUAACCAGUAACUCAACAUGGAGACUGACAGAAUUGACUUUAGUUUCCAGGUAAUCACAUAAAGGACUCAGUGAAAGUGCACAGAGGAGCAGGAUAAAGUUUUACAGGUCAGAGGUGAGGUAGAAUGCACCGGCCCAGUGUCUCUCUAUGCUAACCUUUUGUUGUACCCCCCUAGUUGUUUUUAGAGGUGUUUAACAUUUAAGAACAUUACUAAUUAUUUGCAAGAGCCAAACUGAGUGACAUUCACUCCUUUUUUUUUUUUUUAAUCUUUUUUUUUCCUCUUUCCUGACGUGGCUUGAGGUAGCCCUCCUUAAAGCUCAGCUUGCACCUUGAGAAUUGAAAGAGGGUAAUGGAAUGUACUGACAGCGCGGCGUUGCACUGCUGCUAAUUGGGCUCGAUCACUGUCAAACAGGGUCAGGCAUCUGCAUCACUCUUGCAGGGAAUAUUGGAAUGGAGGUGGUAGUGGCAUCAUCUCCAUUCAGGAGCUCUCUUGCCUUGCAGUGAGACUGAACAUUGCUUUAAUUGAGCUACACAGAUGGACAUGUGAUCCUUAAGGAGCUGAGGGAGAUGGGACAAACUUCUAAAGGUUGUAGGAGUGUUUUGUAAAGCUGUUAUGCUUUUUCAUUAAAGACUGCAUUUUUUGUUGUGUUUUUUUUUUUUUUUUUUUUUUUUUUCGCACGUGUGUUGAGGUUUUGGCAUUGAAAUGUCAGUUCCCCUCAAGAUUUUGCAUUGCUCUAUGUGGUGGUUGCUCUGGUUGUCAAGCUCUCUGCUUGUAAAUGCUUGUUCAUCUGUUCUCUGAAAUAUGGCAGUCUUCAAAAAGAUUGACUGGAGGGGACGCGAUUAUACAGGCAGUGAUACGAGUCAGAAGAUGACACCAAAGUGUCAGCCAUCACUGAAACACAUCCUUUGCCCCAGUUUCAGAUCUUUGGGGAAUUCUUUCUCAAAUGCUUCUUAUGUGUUCAAACGCAUUAUUUUAUCCUAGCAAAUUAUAAACUGUAUUGUUUAUUUGAAUAAAUGUCAUGACAAAUCUAA